AUGGUCGUCGUAGCACGCUCUAUCAUUGACGUAUCACCUCUUCAUCGCCGCACCGCAUCCACUGCCUCCUCCUCUUCCGCAACUUCUUCCGCUUCCGCAUCGACUCUUGUAUCCGACGAGAAAGCUCCACUUCUUCCGACAUCGGUCAAAAAGGCUUCGGACGUGAUCCGGACUUACGGCUCGAUGCUCAAGCACCAUCGAUGGGAGAGCCGCGCUGCCGAGCUCAAGAGGUCCAUCUCUCGUCCCAUCAUCUACGAUGGACAGUGGUUCUGCAAAGCCGGUCAGCAUGACGAAACUCAAGGGAAGUCGGAGCAGAAGGAGCUGGAAAGCAGUCUUGGUAGCGUCUACUCGAACACUUGGGCAAGCCAGAUGGAAGGAGAACUGAGCAGAAUCGGCGACGCAUUCGAGUACGAUGAACUGUCGUGCACCGCUGCGACUGCUUGCACUGCCAGAAUUUCCAUCCAGACGUUCACCUCGAGCGAGAGGAGCUACACUUUCUUCUGA